CACGGACACACGCCGCGCUCCGAGUAAGUUGGCAUGUCUCCAUUGUGACCGAUAGUACAGCUUCUCGAUCGACGGACUCGUAUUUCCCCCAGAAGAACAGCUUACCAUUUUCAGGUAACUUGUUCUCAGGCACAACCAGUAACUGGUCACAAGGAUGCCCGGACGAAAGUUUGACCAUUCCCAGAGCCCGCCUGACCACGGUGUCAAAAUGGAGAGAUUCAGUCCAAUGCACGACGAAGGCCUCACGAACGCCGGCUUUGUCGCGGAUGCCGAAAUGAACGGCGAGCAUCGGGAGCAUCUAGCCAUUUCCGACCUGGAGGAUCAACAAAACAGGAAUGCCAAGAUUCGAGAGCGAGUCGUCCUAGCCUUGAAGACCCUAGCAUUCUUGCUCUACCACGGCUACCUCAUAGCCGGCAUCAAACUCACCUGGAACGAAACCGGAAGCUACUGCCACGACGUCAAGUUCCUUGUGGUUGUCACAGCAAUUGUCUAUAUUUGCGUGAUCUGGAAGAUUGUCGCCUACACCUUCGACUACUUCCUGGAAGCUCGCUGGGACAACCUCAAAAGCAACCUGAAGGAAAGCAUCUCGGCUAAGACGAAGCGUGGAAUAAGGAUCGGGGUCUGGGCCGCGAUCUGGAUCGGAAUCCUGGCGUUCCUCGUCGUAGACUCCCUGAACGACCCCCGGCGACUCGUGUCGGUCGCCGGCGCCGUGGUGCUCAUCUUCCUGGGCUAUGUCUUCUCCAAACAUAGGCAAGAGAUCAACUGGUACCAGGUGAUGUGGGCUGUCCUCCUCCAGUUCCUGUUAGGCCUCAUUGUGCUCCGCUGGCCACUUGGCCGAGAGGCGCUCCAGUGUUUCGGCGACAAGGUCAAGAGCUUUCUAGACUUCACGUUCGCUGGCUCCACCUUUGUGUUUGGCUAUUUGGCCAAAGGCUUCAACCUGACCGAGGCUCUCGGAGACCUAGUCAAGCCACAGAACGCAAAUUCGUCGCUCCAGAACGUCACCGAAGUUGCCCCGCCGUCGAUUGAGAAUUUGCCUCCACUAUUUGUCUUCCAGGCCCUGCCCGUCAUCUUUUUCUUCAGCUUCAUCGUGAGCAUCCUCUACUUCUAUGGCAUAAUGCAGUGGCUUGUGCUCAGAGUGGGCAGCUUCCUUCAGCUCACCAUCGGAACGACGGUCUGCGAGUCUAUGACUGCCGCCGCCAACAUCUUCCUAGGAAUGACCGAAGCUCCUCUGGUGAUCCGUCCAUUUCUGCCUAUUAUGACAAAGUCUGAGUUGCAUACAGUCAUGACUGGAGGCUUUGCAACCAUCGCCGGUAGUGUCAUGGCGGCCUACAUCGGCUUCGGGGUUAGCCCGAGUCACUUGCUUACAGCGUCCAUCAUGAGCGCACCGGCUGCGCUGGCCUUUUCAAAGCUCCUCUACCCUGAAGUGGAGGAGAGCAAAACAAAUUUGGCGAAUAUUGUGAUGCCCAAAAGUGAAGAAAAGAACGUCCUGGAAGCAGCGUCCAACGGGACCACUGUGGGAUUGACCAUAAUCGGCCAGAUUGUGGCCAAUGUGAUCGGCUUCUUGGCGUUUAUCGCUUUCCUCAACAGCGCUCUGCUCUGGUUUGGCUCCAUUGUAAAGCUCGACUUCUUAACGUUUGAGUGGCUUCUGUCGAUGCUCUUCACACCCCUGGCGUACCUGAUGGGUGUUCCUUGGAAGGACUCCAGGGUGGUGGGCGAACUCGUGGGCAUCAAAACCUUCGCCAAUGAAUUCAUCGCAUACGCCAAGCUCGCCCAGGUCAGGAGCGUUCUGGAGGAACGAUCGGUGAUAAUAGCGACGUACGCACUGUGCGGCUUCUCAAACCUGGGAUCCCUCGGUAUCACGCUGGGGGCACUGGGAGCCCUGUGUCCAGAGCGGAAGUCAGAACUGGCCACCAUGUCUGUCAGGGCCCUCUGUGCAGGCUCUGCGGCCUGCUUCCUCACCGCAUGCGUCGCCGGAAGCAUGAUAGAAUGAUCUGCAGUCGGAGUCACGAAGCUGUCGAAGCAGGCUACGAGAAAAGUCAACACGUCUUCAAGCAUUCUGGACUCGAUUUGUAUAAAUUAAGAAGGAUACUCGUCGAAUGUUGAUAUGAAGUGCCGGAUUCGCAGUCUAGAGCGUGCUAAUCGCGCUUUUACGACAGCAUAAUUUUCUGUGUUUUCAUGAUCUUUGUUAUGACCGUGUGCGACCGAGCACCGUUAAGUUUUACUCGGCGUCUAAAGUUUUAACUCAGGGCAUGAUUUUAGGGACGUUCUAGUACUUUUAUGCUUAAUAGUAGUCCUAAUUUAUUUAGAACUCAUGUAAAUGACAUGUGUAGUACACAUUCAAAUUGCACAUAUUAGACUGUAUAUACAUAUAUUGCUCAAGUCAUCGCGUGUGUUUGUUUGUAGACAUGUUAAAAGUCCGGAUUUUGUCAACCACAAUAAAAAUUAAAUUGAAAAAUCUA